CCGCAUCUCGUUGUUGGUGUCGCGUGCCCUUGGUUGAACUUGGGAGACUCGCUAUUGGCUGGCUCGCUUCUUGCAUCUUGGACUUCCUGGCUCUCGCUCUCUCACUACUCCCGGACCUUCGCGCCUCCUUCGAUGAGGCAGACAUCAACGAAUGAGCUCAGAUGAUUCCAAAACGCGCAAGAGCACCGACACAUCCUACCCCGUCAAGACACACGAUGCAGACAAGCCCCGCAAGAACGAUCUCAACUACGUCCUUCGCUCCGGUCUCGCAGGCGGCGUCGCAGGAUGCGUUGCGAAGACCGUUAUAGCCCCUCUCGACAGAGUAAAGAUUCUCUUCCAGGCCUCGAAUCCAGACUUUGCCAAGUACGCCGGAAGCUGGACUGGCGCCUUCAAGGCGGGGACACAGAUAUACAAGGAGAAUGGCGCGAGAGGACUCUUGCAAGGGCAUUCAGCGACCCUGAUUCGCGUGUUUCCCUAUGCAGCGAUCAAGUUCAUGGCCUAUGACCAUAUCCGGAAUUUGAUGAUGCCCACGCGAGAGAGCGAGACGAACUUCCGGCGGUUCGCUGCGGGAGCUACGUCUGGAAUUGUUGCUGUCUUCUUCACAUACCCACUAGAAGUCAUUCGCGUGCGCAUGGCAUACCAAACGCGAUCCACAGACUAUACCGCCCGCCCUUCCUUCCUUCAAGCGUUCAAGCAAAUAUACGCCGAGCAUGCGUCUGCGCCAGUUGGCAGCACCUACCGGCUUGACCCCAAGAACAUCCUCGACCGAUUACCCCUCUUGAAGUUCUAUAGGGGAUUCACUGUCACUGUUGGUGGCAUGAUCCCCUACGCAGGCACUUCUUUCCUCGUCUGGGACUUUCUACGCGCGCACCUCCUCCCUCCACGCGAAAAGGGCACCCAGGCCACGCCCCUCGCCGACCUCUCCAUCGGCGCCGUCUCCGGCGCACUUGCGCAGACGAUGUCCUACCCGUUCGAGGUGGUGCGGCGGCGGAUGCAGGUCGGAGGGAUCACGCAACCCGAUAGGUGGCUGAGGUGGGAUGAGACGGCGCAGGCUAUCUGGCGUGCGCGGGGAUGGAAAGGAUUCUACGUUGGGCUCAGCAUCGGGUAUUUGAAGGUGGUGCCCAUGACCGCUGUGUCAUUUGCGGUGUGGCAGGCGGGGAAGCGGGUGCUGGGUAUAUGACAGCGCCCCAGGGACCUAGGCAUAUGAGGGCACAACCGCAUAGGGCACUUCGCCUGCUCCCUCGAGGAACAAGGUCGAGGAACACGCCGCACAGGGGAGCGCGAAUGUAUGUAAAGUGUACGUUAUUAUUGUGCGUCGACUUGAAGGCCACUGUGCAUGUUUUGCAGGGGUUCACAUGUCCGUGUACUACAUCAGACGUAUCACUACUAUCGACCGGGUCCGCGGCUGGAACGGAACAGUCGAAUUCUAUUCGCGCAACUGCUUCUUGAUCC